CACGUGGUCCGGCUUCUGUACCUUGUGGGCGCCAUGGCUUUCCGAGGACAGUGGCGAGGCAGAGGUGGAGGCCGAGGAGGUGGAGGCCGUGGAGGUGGAGGCCGAGGAGGUGGAGGCCGAGGAGGUGGAGGCCAAGGAGGUGGAGGCCGAGGAGGUGGAGGCCGAGGAGGAAGAAGGCGAGGACGUUUCCACCGUGGCAGACGCGUCGAGGGACCCCCAGACGAGGUCUGGGAGUAUGGGGAGGUCAUGCACUCGUGUCAGAACGACCUGGUUUGCAAAGUGACCCAUGUGGAUGUUCCGCACUUCAACGCACCAAUCUACAUGGAGAACAAGAUACAGAUUGGCCAAGUGGAUGAGAUCUUUGGCAGCCCGACGCAGAAGUUUGUGUCCGUUAAACUGACCAAGGGACUUGCAGCUUCCUUAUUUGAAAAGCACUUUAAGAUCUACAUCAACCCUGCCAAGCUGCUGCCCUUGCACCUGUUCCUGCCAAAGGAUGGCCUGGGGCGGGGUAGGGGGCGGGGUAAAGGCUGGGGCGGGGCAGGACCAGCAAAACAGGGUGAACCAGGACAGGGUGAACCAGCAGAACAGGGUGAACUAGCAGAACAGGGUGAACCAGGACAGGGUGAACCAGCAGAACAGGGUGAACCAGCAAAACAGGGUGAACCAGCAAAACAGGGUGAACCAGCAGAACAGGGUGAACCAGCAGAACAGGGUGAACCAGCAGAACAGGGUGAACCAGCAAAACAGGGUGAACCAGCAAAACAGGGUGAACCAGCAGAACAGGGUGAACCAGCAGAACAGGGUGAACCAGGACAGGGUGAACCAGCAGAACAGGGUGAACCAGCAAAACAGGGUGAACCAGGAGAACAGGGUGAACCAGGAGAACAGGGUGAACCAGGAGAACAGGGUGAACCAGCAGAACAGGGUGAACCAGGAGGACAGGGUGAACCAGGAGGAUGGUGAACCAGGAGGACAGGGUGGAGCAAAAGGACAAGUUAGAAAAAGGAGGAAAAAAGCUUGGAAGUCGAGGAAGAAAAAUUUACUCAAUUGAAUAAGGAAGAAGAGUAAGAGGAGGAGGAGGAAGAUUCAUUGUGGGAGAUGUUUAUUACUUAAUUGAACAAGGAGGAGGAGGAGGAAUAAUUUAUUACUUCAUUGAAUAAGGAAGAAGAGUAGGAGGAGGAGGAGGAGGAGGCGCAGAAGGACAAGGAGGAAGAGGAGGAGGAGGAGGAGGGAGGCGGCAAAGAAGACUAGGAAAAAGAAGUAGAGAUGCUGAGGGGGGGGUAAGAGGUGUGUGUGUGUGUGUGUGUGUUUUAAAAAGAAUUAUAAGGAAACAUUUAUUCUCAUUUAAGUUUGUGUGUGUGUGUCAAAAAGAAUUAUAAGGACGCAUUUAUUUUCAUAUAUACACACAGAUAUAAAGUUCAUGUAAGUAUUUUUUUGGUGUGUGUGUGGGUGUCAUAAGGAAAGCUAUUCUCAUAUUCUUUCAUAAGGAAAUAUAAUUACUCAUCUCAAAUAUAUACAUAAUUAUUUGCAGUUUAAAUAAAUCUACAAUUGGUAAGUCAUGUUUUUUUUUCUGGUGUGUGUGUGUGUGUGUGUGUGUGUGUGUGUGUGUGUGUGUGUGUGUGUGUGUGUGUGUGUGUGUGUCAUGAGGAAAGCUAUUCUCAUUCUUUCAUAAGGAAAUAUAAUUACUCAUAAUCUCAUAAAUAUAUACGUAAUUAUUUGCAGUUUAAAUAAAUCUACAAUUGGCAAGUCAUUUUUUUUCUGGUGUGUGUGUGUGUGUGUGUGUGUGUGUGUGUCAUAAGGAAAGGAAUUCUCAUUCUCUUAAGGAAACAUAAUUGCUCAUAUAAUCUCAAAUAUAUACAUAAUUAUUUGUAGUUUAAAUAAAUCUACAAUUGUUAAGGCAUGUUUUUUUUCUUUGUGUGUGUCAUAAGGAAAUGAAUUCUCAUAUUCUCUUAAGGAAACAUAAUUGCUCAUAUAAUCUCAUAAAUAUAUACAUAAUUAUUUGUAGUUUCAAUAAAUCUACAGUUGGUAUGUCACGUUUUUCCUUGCAUUUCCUUCCUAAAACUCAUUACUUCAACCUUCAUUUUAGCCGGGCAAACAUCAGCUAAUCUAUUUAACCUGGUAUUACAGGACACUUUAUUUCUCAUGUCAACCAUUUCAAAGGGUCAAAGAGGGGGUCAAUCGGGUUAUAAGGAGUGUCUUAAGGUUCACGGUACAGAUCGAGGAAGGGUCACACCACCACCAGGGUCAUAGCUACUCCUGGUGUCGCGUUCUUUUUCUAUCUCUUGUCUUCUUGUGUUUAUGGGUGUCGCUACAUCCCUUUUUGACGACCACUAUGGUCGUGAUGGUAUGUGGCAGCGUGGUAGUCAUCUACAUUCCCGAGCGCUGGUCCCGGAUGAUAGAUAAGGCCUCAGGACAAGUGAACACUCGUUCCGAGGUUUGUGACCAGAAGGGCGUUACUUCUUGUGCGAUUAAUUAUGGAAGGUGGGAGGAUUUCCGUGUGAACCACUUUAGACAAUAUU